UUAAAUGCGAGAUUUGCUAACCAAGCGUUAAAUCUAACCGCUGCUUUAACGGACGGUUUAUCGUACUUGCGUUCCACAGUAGACUUUUAACCGGGGUUUUCGGAAACCUAUAGUCCAUUGAAGAUAAGUCUAACCGAGUGCUUACUUCUUUUCAAAUGUCUUCUAUGAUUGGCUUUCCGGAAUGAAGUAGUGGAAGGGAUACGUUAUUACGCAUAUCUCUUGUUAUUUUUAUUAUCAAUAUAAAAUAGUAGUAAAAUUAAGUAUAAGUAUCUUAAAACUAAAGAAUCUUAAUAAGUUUCUACGUCAGCGACAAUGACUGAACCUCCUUAUUAAAUUUAAGAAAUGUUGAAAAAGUUGUAUUUGUGUGAAAGUUUUGGUACUCAAAUAUAUUUUAUACGGAUAUUUUUGCAAAUGAACGCAUUUUUAUUAACUGCAAUAACUAUAUUUCGGGAAGGAAGAGAAACCUCCAGGAAACAGAAUCAUUUUUAGUGAACUUUUCAAUUCUACAUACUUUUAUUAUAAAUAUAUUUUAGUUCGUCGUAUUUACAAAUUCUGGAGUUCGAAAAACAAAUUUCUCAACCUUCACGGACAAGUUAGCCGGUAAUGGCUACGAGUCCGGGUAGAUCGACCGAACGUAAUCGCGGUCUAGGACUGCGUAAAAUGAAGCCAGGAUAUUUCAUCUUUCCUUGGAAACACGGCUCCAGAGAAAAAACUCUAUCAGUUGAAAGUUCUAAUGAAAGCAAGACUGACGCUUGCGAUAGUGACUGUACAUCUACUAAUGAAAUGCCUAUAGGAGUUUUUCAGACGAUUAAGAAACAUAUAUGUCUGAAGAAUCUGAUGUCAUGCAAAUUGAAACAGAAGGUAAAGGCUGUGGAAACAUUUAGUACAUCAGAUGAAAUUGAUGAGGAUGUAACUCCGAUUUCUGAUAAACCUGAUAAAAAAGUUGGUGAUAAUGAACAAAAACCAGCUGUCAAUUGUGAUACUAAAGAAGAAAGCUCUGACUAUGAAGGAGAUAGAGCAUGGAAUGAUUGCUGUGUACCAGGAACAAUAGACACAGCAGAAUCUUAUUCUGACAUUGCAAAUAAAAAUUCGCAAGAACUUUUAUUAAGCAGUAUUACAAUACCAGACUUAUAUUCUAAUAAUGAAAAACAAGUAUGUGAAUACACUUCAACAAGGAUUACUGGUGCUGAAGCAUUAAAUUCAGAAGCUUAUUUUAAUAAUACUGAUAAAACAGAAUGUGAUCUGGUAGACGUACAGUCUAGAAGUAUGAAUGAUGAUGAAUUAAUAACAUCUCCAAAUGUCAAUACACCAAGUACAAGUGAUAAUGAAGCCAAAGUCAGCUUAACAAAAGAAUUGCUCAAAUUAAGCAAAUAUGGAUGGUAUUGGGGACCUAUAUCAGGAGAUGAAGCUAAUGCCAAAUUAGAAGCUGAACCUGAUGGAGCAUUUUUAGUUCGAGAUUCAUCGGAUGAUAGGUACUUGCUAACAGUGAGCUUUAAAACAGCUGGGAAAUUGUUUCAUGCUCGUAUAGAACAUAGUAAUGGUAUGUUUUCCCUUUGUACUGAUACAAAACCUGGAAGAUUUUCAUCAGUAUCUGCUUUAAUCAAUUACUCCAUGAUGAUGAGUCAUUCUGCAGUGUUUUGUUACUCAAGGCCCAGGUAUCCAGGUUAUCCUUUAUUCCCAGUACGAUUAAUUAAACCGGUAAGUCGCUUUACACAAGUUAGGAGCUUGCAAUAUCUUUGUCGCUUUGUUAUUCGCCAGAAUACUAGGUUAGAUAACAUUCACAAAUUGCCUUUGCCUAAAACGAUUAGAGGCUAUAUUGAAGAGGCACAUUAUUAAUACAAAAAACGUAUCACAAAAAUUUUAAAAACUCAUUGUACAGAAGAGAAUAAGGUUCUACCAUACAGACAUAUGUAGGUCUGUAAGGAACAACCUAUUUCGCUUGUGACUACAUUAACAUUAUCCAAAUAAUAGAUUAAUGUUUGCUUCCAUGUGAUAUGAUAUAAAGUCUUUGUAAUCAUUGAAGAAAAAAAUUAUUCUUUGAGAUGUUUAAUCAUGUUUUUAUAAAAUAUAUUCAUCCGUCAGUUAAGAGAUUUUUACUAUGACAAUUUCUCUAGAGGCUGAUAACUCGUAUUGUCUUACAUAUUUGGUAUAUUACUGAAUUUAAUUUUAACUGAAAAAAGUAUUGAUAUAGGUAUUUACUGCUAUGGAAAAAUGUUUUCCAAUUAACUGAUACUAUGCAUAAAGAUGAAGAUGAAUAUAAAUAUUUUCCGUUGUCAGAAUGGUAUUUGUAAAUAACUAUCUAUUGUUGCAUGCAAAUAAUCUGCGAUUCGUACACUUACUACAGUGUCAAGUUCAUAAGGGGUUAUAGAGGUAUAUGGAUUUAUUUUUAAAUAAGUCGUAUUCAGUGUUCGUAACACAUUGUAUAGAUCAGUGAUUGUUAAGCCAUUGCGCAAUAAAAAGUCUAACAAUUCCAGAUGGAGAUUAUAAGAAUGAUAUAGUAUAUCGUGUAAAUACGAGUCGUUUGAUUGAACAAAGCAGCAUUUUUCAAAUUAAGACUGAGGGUAACAAAAGAUAAAUAAAUAAUUUGUUAAUUAAUAAUAUAUUAUAUAUUUUAAAAUUUAAUAUAUGCAUACAGUCAACUCAUACUUUGUCAUUUUGCUAUUGUCAUACUUUUGGCCAUGAAAGGAUAUCAUGAAGUUACGUUUUCUAAAAAUAUUAAAAAUUCAUUCAGCAUGAAUUUUAGUUAACUAGUCUGAGUAUACACGAUACUUAUAAUACUAUUAACAUAGGAGUUGUAUGAAUUUUAUAGUAAAGAAAUAUAGCACAGCUGAUACGACUGUA